UUGAUGCGUCCCCCCUCCGAUUGUGCAUGAAUGUUAGGUACUCGAUGGCUUGCUUUCUCCCAACCCUCUGCUUCGGUUGUGCGAUCCCGUAGUGGUGGCGAUUAAUGGCGGCGGCAGGGACGCGCGGGGCGAUGGUGGUCGGAGACGAAGGUGAUCUGAAGGCGACCUUCCGCCAGGUCUACGGUCGCCUCAAGUCGGAGCUUUUCGAAGAUGCCGCCUUCGACUACACCGACGAGGCUCGUCAAUGGAUCGACAGGAUGCUGGACUACAAUGUACCUGGAGGCAAGCUGAACCGUGGAAUCUCUGUCAUUGAUAGCUACAAGUUGCUUAAAGAAGGAACCCAACUCAGUAAUGAAGAAGUCUUUCUUGGAUGUGCCCUUGGUUGGUGUAUUGAAUGGCUUCAAGCAUAUUUUCUAGUCCUUGAUGAUAUCAUGGAUAACUCACACACUAGACGUGGUCAGCUAUGUUGGUUUAGAGUUCCUAAGGUUGGACUUAUUGCUGUAAAUGAUGGAAUCCUACUUCGCAAUCACAUUCCUCAGAUUCUUAAAAGGCAUUUUAAGGGAAAGCCUUACUACGUAGAUCUCCUUGAUUUGUUUAAUGAGGUUGAGUUUCAGACAGCUUCAGGGCAGAUGCUGGAUCUCAUUACUACUCAUGAAGGAGAAAAGGAUUUGUCCAAAUACACGAUGACAGUUUACAAUCGUAUCGUGCAAUACAAAACUGCCUAUUAUUCCUUCUAUCUACCAGUAGCGUGUGCACUGCUAUUGGCAGGUGAAAAUUUGGACAAUUUUGUUGAUGUGAAGAACAUUCUUGUUGAAAUGGGCACAUAUUUCCAAGUGCAGGAUGACUACCUAGAUUGCUUUGGUGAUCCUGAAGUGAUCGGGAAGAUUGGAACCGACAUUGAAGAUUUUAAAUGCUCUUGGCUUGUAGUUCAAGCUUUAGAACGUGCUAAUGAGAGCCAAAUAAAUUUUUUGUUGGACAACUAUGGAAAAUCUGAUCCAACUUGUGUUGCAAAAGUGAAAAGUAUCUAUAGAGAUCUUGAUCUCCAGAAUGCAUUUUCCGAGUAUGAGCGGACCAGUUAUGAACGACUUAUAUCUGCAAUUGAAGCCCUGCCAAGCAAAGCAGUUCAGGGUGUUUUGAAGUCUUUCCUGCACAAGAUCUACAAGCGGCAGAAGUAGUUCCACUGACUUCUGGUGAUUUUACCUUGAUUUGUCAUUGUAGCUUGACUUCUGUGUCUUGUCGUGCUAUGCUUUUAAUGAAACCAUGUUCAUUAUAACCAGUUUGGGCUGAUCUUGGUUUUAAAAGGUAGAGACAUGGUCAUUGUGGAUAUCUACAAGCCUAGAAUCCAUCAGUCAACCCAGCUUCUUCCUGAUAAUUUUCCAGAUCCUACUUUAGCUAAUGUUGCAACAGGUGAUGAAAAUUUUCCAAGUUAGCAUUUUUUUUUUUCAUUUGUUCCUGUGGUUAACACUUUGACUGACCCACAGAAUCUUUUGCUCUAUGAUGUAAUAUGGAAGUCAAUGGUUGUAAUUAGGAUUUUUCCUUUUUGUAUUCCUAACACCAUGUCAAUGCAACAGUGAUGCUGAUCAUUCUCGAUCCUA